AUGAAAAACAUGAGUAGAUUUCUGACCCCCUCCAAUAUCUCCCUAGCAAAUCCUGCUUCUGCUGGGACUGACUUGAUUUACAAAUCCUUAGAAUACAAGGCUGCCUCUGUGUUGUUGGUGUUGGCCAUUUGUGGAACUGGAAUCAUCGGGAAUAUUAUGGUGGUCCUGGUGGUCCUGACUGCCAGACACAUGAGAACCCCAACCAACUGUUACCUUGUCAGUCUUGCUGUGGCUGAUCUGAUGGUCCUAGUGGCUGCAGGGUUACCCAAUAUUUCUGACAGUCUGAUUGAGGAAUGGAUCUAUGGGCAUGUAGGAUGCCUGGGUAUUACAUACCUCCAGUACUUGGGCAUUAAUGUGUCAUCAUGUUCCAUCACUGCAUUCACUGUGGAAAGAUACAUCGCCAUCUGCCAUCCAAUAAAAGCCCAGUCCAUAUGCACUGUCUCCAGAGCUAAGAAAAUCCUAGCAUUUCUAUGGGCAAUUACAUCCUUCUAUUGCAUGCUGUGGUUUUUCUUGGUGGAUAUCAACAUCAAUAGCAGGCAGAACGCUCAGUGCGGCUACAAAGUCUCGAGGAAUCUAUACUUACCUAUUUACUUCAUUGAUUUCACCAUCUUCUAUGUGAUUCCCCUGAUUGUGGCCACAGUACUCUAUGGUCUGAUUGGGCGGGUCCUUUUCCUCAGCCCCAUUCCAAACCAAAUUGAGACAAGAAUGGAGCAUUGGAAGGAGCGGCCUGGGACAGAAAGUAACGGUUCACAGUUUUCCAGCCGGACAAGCAAGGGGGGAAUCUCGUCCAGAAAACAGGUCACUAAGAUGCUGGCUGUGGUGGUCAUUCUAUUUGCUUUACUCUGGAUGCCAUACAGAACAAUAGUAGUGGUCAAUUCCUUCAUAGACAAGCAAUAUGAGAAUGCAUGGUUCCUUUUAUUCUGCAGACUGUGUGUGUAUGCCAACAGUGCUAUCAAUCCUGUCAUUUAUAAUCUAAUGUCCCAGAAAUUCAGAUCUGCUUUCAAGAAAUUGUGUAAUUGUAGCCGAAAUGACACACAGCAGCGUCCCUUGUACACAACUCCUCUUAACUACAGUGUGGUGCGAACUCCAAUCACUGGGAGCCCUGAAGUCAAUGGCAAGCAACAAGGUGAAAAGCAGACUCAGCAGGAGGAAGCCAGCAGCAUCAAAACAGAAGGAGUUACCAGCUGAAGGAGGAAGAAUAAAAGGAUGCUGUAUACAGUUUUGUGCAUGGUAGCUCAAGAUUCUACAUUUAUUUCGAGCACUUCUUGACCACUGAUUCUAAGUUGAGA